AUGGGCAGCCUUGCACGGAAGCACAGCGCGAAGAUUGUAGAGAGCGGAGGCGAUGAUGACCUGUCACCGUUUCAAAAAGUCCAACACUGGGGUCACGAUGCUAUCCUUGGGCGAAUCCUCAAGCUCGAAUCUGUGACAUUUGCGCCAACCAGCGGCAAUCCUCACAACUCGCGCAAUGUCAUAAGCUUCACCGUGCCCAGACAGCUGUGCAACGCGGCAGGCUCGCUUCAUGGCGGCGCCGUGGCCUUGAUCUUUGACAUUACGACGUCAAUGGCCAUUACGCCGUCCAACCCAGCGCCAAUGCAUAGCUGCCAUGAGCAUGCGGCUUCCUACUACUACACCUGCGACUUCCACUCGACCCACCCCCGCACACAACCAACCGUUGCGCCAAUGGACCUUGGAGAUGAAGAGAGCUCCCCGUGGGGAGAUGUGCCCUCACGGUCGAGCCCUGCGCCGAGUGCGUCCAAGGUAGAGCAGAACGACACGCUCGACACCGACUCCCCCGCGCCCUCGGCCAAGCCGUCUGCAGACCCGGCCCCUACUGCUGCCUCUGCUCCGCGCUCACCCGCUGGACGCGGUCCCCGACGGCGGCAGUAUGGCCUGCAGUCCACCAAACUCGAGGCUGUCGAUGAUCCCCUGGGCCCUCUAGGCGCUCCCUCGCCGACGACAGGCACCGAGAUUGCCCCUCCAGCGCCGCCUCAGAAAGAAGCCGCUGCGUCGCGCAUUACUCGUCCCGCGCCGGGCGGCGCCUCUACGCCUUCGCUACGCGGCAUGAUGGAUUCCGUCGACCUCGAUGACGACAAUGACGAGCAGCAGCCCUCCUCUCAUGGAGCCAGAAUACCGCCUCCAGUCCAGGCGCCGUCUUCCACCGCACCCCAGCGCCAGACACAGCCGAGCGUCAGCGUGGAGCAGGCCGCAAAGCCGUCCUUUGCCAUUUCUGUAGGCGACCCUCACAAAGUCGGUGACCUCACGAGCUCGCACACAGAAUACGCCGUCAGUACCAAGACGACUUCCAAGGGCUACCGCAAACCCGAAUUCACCGUCUCGCGCCGUUACCGUGAUUUCCUCUGGUUAUACACACAACUGCACAACAACAACCCUGGAGUUAUUAUUCCUCCGCCGCCAGAGAAGCAGGCUGUUGGUCGCUUUGAAGCUGAUUUUGUCGAGUCACGACGCUCUGCUCUGGAGCGCAUGCUUAACAAGGCCGCUGCUCAUCCAGUGUUGCAACAUGACAGUGACUUGAAGCUGUUCCUUGAAAGCGAAGCCUUCAGCAUGGACAUCAAGAACAAGGAGCGCAAAGACCCCGGUCUCACUGAGAGCAAAGGCAUGUUUGGCUCCAUGCUCUCUGGUAGCAGUGGUAAAUUUGUGGAACACGAUGACUGGUUCCACGACCGCCGAAUCUAUCUCGAUGCUCUUGAAGCCCAGCUAAAGGCUCUUCUCAAGGCUACAGAUGCUGUAGUCACACAACGGAAAGGUCUGGCCGAGGCUUGUGGGGACUUCUCAGCUUCUCUACAUUCUCUAUCCGCUGUUGAGUUAUCGCCAUCUUUGUCCACGCCGCUUGAUAGUCUGUCCGACAUUCAGAUUCGCAUUCGUGAGCUUUACGAGCGUCAGGCCCAGCAAGACAUACUCACCAUGGGCAUCGUAAUAGACGAGUACAUUCGUUUGAUAGGCUCCGUAAAGACCGCGUUCCAGCAGCGACAGAAGGCCUAUCAUUCCUGGCAUUCUGCUGAGCAGGAGUUACAGAAGCGGAAAACGAAUCAGGACAAGCUUUUGAGGCAAGGCAGAUCGCAGCAAGAUCGUCUGAACCAACUCAGCGCCGACGUUGCAGACGCUGAGCGGAAAGUUCAUCAAGCAAGGUUGCUUUUCGAUGACAUGGGUCGGCUGAUGCGUAGCGAACUAGAACGUUUUGAGAGGGAGAAAGUCGAAGACUUCAAGUCAGGCGUCGAAACGUUCCUGGAAAGUGCUCUCAUCGAGAUCUGGGAAACUUUCCUCAUGCAGCUAGAUACGGACGAAGGCGAUAUUUUCGUCCCUCCUGCAGGUGUCGUUGCUUCUGCAAAUGCCGACCAGACAACAAGUCACGAUUCUGCCAACAAUCAAGACUCAGAAAGACGAGAAGCAGGUAACGAAAGUCUUGUAGCCAUCAUGCCGUUGGUUCGUAAUCCUAUUCUUCCAGGUUUCAACGCGGAUCCCUCCGUUCUACGUGUUGGCAAUGACGAUCUCGCCAAUUGGGAGCUCUUAUGCCGCCCUUUGAAUAGGAAAAGCCAACUGGACAUGCGCGGUGAUCCCGAUAGUUGCGGGGUGUGGGCGCCUUGUCUUACACAUGACGGUGGCAAGUUUUGGCUGGUGUAUACCGAUGUAAAACGCAAAGAUGGCUCAUUCAAAGAUACGCCCAAUUACAUUGUUACUGCUGAUCGCAUCGAGGGUCCGUGGUCUGACCCCGUUUACAUCAAUUCCUCAGGAUUUGACCCAUCCCUAUUUCACGAUGACGAUGGCACGAAAUGGUUCGUGAACAUGCUACAAGACCACCGAAGGCGUCCGCGGUUUUUUGCUGGCAUCAGACUACAGCAAUACGAUGCUGAAGCGAAAAAGCUUGUCGGCCCGUGCAAGACCAUCUUUCCCGGUACUGAUCUGGCUCUUGUAGAAGGCCCACAUCUAUACAAGCGGAACGGAUGGUACUACUUGUUGACUGCUGAAGGUGGCACAGCAUACGAGCACGCCUGCACUUUGGCGCGAUCCCGCGAUAUCUGGGGCCCAUACGAACUUCAUCCUCAAAAGUACAUACUUACUUCCAAAGACGCACCACUGGCAUCUCUGCAAAGAGCGGGUCAUGGAGAUAUAGUCGACACUCCAGAGGGCAAGACGUACCUCGUUCAUUUGACCGGUCGCCCAACUACACAGGCCCGCCGCUGCGUUCUUGGACGCGAGACAGCGAUUCAAGAGGCUUACUGGGACAAGGAUGACUGGCUGUAUGUCAAGAAUGGACCUGUUCCGUCUCUCCAUGUCGAACUGCCAGCACAGCGCGACGACAGCUCCUACUGGUCUGAGCAGCGCUACCUUUUCGACGGCAGCGACGGUAUCCACAAGGAUUUUCAAUGGCUCCGUACACCAGAACCAGAACGUAUCUUUAGUACUAAAAAUGGUCUGCACCUCGUUGGACGCGAGGCGAUUGGAUCCUGGUUUGAACAAGCUCUUGUUGCACGUCGCCAAACGCAUUUCUCGUACGACGCCGAAACAGUCGUUAGCUUCAGUCCAGACGACGAACGCACUUAUGCAGGCCUGGCUGCUUACUAUUGUCGAUUCAACUUCUUUUACCUGACCGUUACUGCCGACUCUGACGGUCAGCGUGAACUGCUCAUCUUAAGCUCGGAAGCUUCAUGGCCGGAUGGGAAUCUGAAACUCCCCCUCGCAGAUCCGGUGCCGCUGCCGCAAGAGGGCAAAGUUAGACUGGCGUUGAGCAUUCGGGGUAAAGAGCUCCGAUUUCGCUACGCUCUGGAGGGACAGGCGGACCUGACAGACAUUGGACCUGUCUACGAUGCUUCGAUCUUGAGUGAUGAGUGUGGCGGUCAUCAAGCACACGGGAGCUUUACUGGCGCAUUUGUGGGCAUGGCAGCAUCUGAUAUCAAUGGCACAGAAAAGGUAGCGUCAUUCGAUUACUUUCUAUACACGCCCGUAAAGCAUAGUACAGACCGCUACGAUAUGUGA